AUGCCUAACUCAGCUCAAGCAUAUUGUAAAUAUUUAGAGGCUCGAAAGCUAUUUAAAGCAGAAGAAGCUAAAUAUCUGCUUGUUCUAUUUGAACUAUUGAAAUCUGUUUCUGAAGAAUCAGAUUAUAAAAAUGCUUUUGUAACAUAUGAUAAAAUUAAAGAUGAAGGUAAUGACAAUUUCAAAUAUCAAGUUAAAUUUAAAAUGGGACUACACUUGCUUGCUGGUGCUGGUUGUAAAAAAAAUAUUGACAAAGGGUAUAAGCUUAUUAUUGAAGCCGAACGUCUUCGUUUUUAUCCCGCAAAAAAAUGGAACCAAGAUCAUGGGGAAAAAAAUGAUUAUGGUACAAUCGAGGCAAAAAAACUAUUGAAAAUAUAG